CAGUCUCCUGAAGUGUUGUAACGAAGCAUUUGUCGAGGAUUUUCUCUCCUGAUGAUAUCGUUUCCUUUUUUUCAACAACGAUCAUCUUUGGAUGGAAAAGGAUUACGGUUCAUCUUCGGUUGGAUUCAUGAUGGGUUUUAUUAGGAAAACCGAUCUUAGAGGCCGAGGACAAGCACUGUUUGUCAUUCUUUGUCUUUUUAAGCUGAGCUCAGUGACUGGACAGGCUCGCUAUUCCGUGCCAGAGGAACAGGCAGAGGGAUCUUUCGUUGGAAACAUCGCUAGAGAUCUAGGGUUGGAUGUUGCGAGGCUUAAAUCAGGUAAAGCUCGGAUUAUUACAAAGGAGAAUCGACAGUACGUUGAUUUAAACCGGGACAAAGGCACCCUCGUGAUUAAAGAGCGAAUCGACCGAGAAGAGCUGUGUGGAAAAACGACGCCCUGUAGCUUCAGUUUCGAAGUAAUUUUAGAAAAUCCAAUCCAGCUUUAUCGGGUCACCGUGGAGGUAAUAGACGUGAACGAUAACAGCCCGUCGUUCCCAAAGGAUGAAACAAGUUUGAAUAUUGUUGAAAAUGCCCCAGCUGGGACUCGGUUCUUAAUAGAGAGUGCAUUUGAUCCUGACGUUAGAAUUAAUGACAUUACAAAAUACAUCCUCAAACCCGUGGAUCAUUUUAAAUUAGAAGUUCAAAACCAGCCUGAUGGAGGGAAAGCCAUCGAAAUGGUUUUGCAAAACCCGUUAGACCGAGAAAAAGAGGAGACUCACACACUCGUGCUGAUUGCAUCAGAUGGAGGAGAACCACACAGAUCAGGGACAGUACGCAUUCAUAUCACUGUGCUCGAUAUCAACGAUAAUGCGCCAGUUUGUAGUCAGCCGGUUUAUAAAGCAGAAGUCAAGGAGAACUCUCCAGAAGGAACAGUAGUAACCACUGUGAGUGCCAAUGACGCAGAUACAGGAGUCAAUGGUGAAGUAACAUUUUCCAUAGCACAUGUGACCAGAGAAGUGAAGCUGCUUUUUGAAGUAAAUGUCAAAACUGGAGAGAUUAAAGUUGCAGGUAAACUAGAUUUUGAAAAAUCUAACACAUAUCAACUGAACGUUAAGGCUAGCGACCAAGGAGGAUAUUCGGAUAUGUGCAAAGUUAUAAUUCAAAUAAUUGAUGAGAAUGAUAACGUCCCUACAAUACAGCUGAUGUCAUUUGCGAUCUCGAUAUCUGAGGACUCUCCUCUAGGUACAACUAUUGCUGUUAUUAAUGUGGAUGACGUUGACUCUGAUGGUAACGGUGUUGUCAAAUGCUCCAUUGACUCUGACAUGCCUUUCAAAAUUGAGUCUUCAUUAACAGGAUAUUAUACUAUAGUAACCGAUAACGUCCUAGACCGAGAAAUUAUCCCUGAGUACAACAUCACUGUAACGGUCUCUGACCAAGGCUCCCCUCCUCUGACUAGCAGGAAACAAAUCAAUGUGAAAGUGUCUGAUGUGAAUGACAACCCUCCUGAAUUUGACCUUUCAGAAUACAGUAAGACUUUACCAGAGAACAACUCUCCUGGCUUUUCUGUGUUCACUCUCAGUGCUCGUGAUGCAGACUCGGGCCAAAACGCUCGGGUGUCUUACUUCCUGGAGGAGAAAGAGGUUAAUGGGGCAGCUGUGUCCUCGUUAGUGUCUGUAAAUUCAGAAAGUGGUGUCAUUCACGCAGUGAGGUCGUUUGAUUUUGAGCAAAUCAAAAGCUUUGAAUUCAACGUAACUGCUCGUGAUGCCGGAUCUCCUCCUCUGAGUUCAGUUGCUACAGUUAGAUUAAUAGUCCAAGACCAGAACGACAACCCUCCUCAGGUUCUAUAUCCAGUCCAGAUUGGAGGCUCUCUUGUGGCUGAGAUGGUUCCUCGUUCAGCAGAUGUGGGCUAUCUGGUCACUAAAGUGGUGGCUGUUGAUGUGGACUCUGGACAGAACGCCUGGCUCUCCUAUAAACUGCAGAAAGCCACAGACAGGGCGCUGUUUGAAGUGGGCUUACAGAAUGGAGAAAUAAGAACUAUCCGCGGAGUCACUGAUAAAGAUGCUGUGAAACAAAGACUGACUGUGAUAGUGGAGGACAACGGGCAGCCCUCUCGUUCAGCUACAGUCAUUGUUAACGUGGCGGUGGCGGACAGCUUCCCUGAAGUGCUGUCUGAGUUCACUGACUACACACAAGACAAGGAGUACAAUGACAACCUGACCUUCUACUUAGUGUUGGCUUUGGCUGUAGUUUCCUUCCUCUUCAUCACGUGUUUAGUGGUUAUUAUAUCGGUGAAGAUCUACAGAUGGAGACAGUCUCGCGUCCUGUAUCACUCCAAUCUCCCUGUGAUUCCGUAUUAUCCACCACGUUACUCAGACACUCUGGGGACAGGGACUCUCCCACACGUGUACAACUACGAGGUGUGCAGGACGAAUGACUCCAGAAUGAGUGACUGUAAGUUCGGCACAGUCGGUAGUCAGAACGUGCUGAUAAUGGACCCCAGUUCUACAGGAACGAUGCAGCGGAUGCAAAGUGAGAAGAACAUCCUGGAUGAACCAGACUCUCCUCUAGAGGUUAGUUAAAUAAUGUGGCUACUUU